UUCAUUCGCACAUAUAAACAACAUUUUAUAUGAGAGCCGAUGGUGCACCGUUUUAUUUACUGUUUUGUACAUAAGAAAAUUAGAACCACGAAAAGAGGUAAUAAAUCACGCUAGCUGAGAAUAGCAUUAGCACGUUGGAGCAAACUAAUGUUAUUAGCUAAAGUUAGCCUCGACUGCUGAGCUCGGCCUCCAGAUUAAAAGAAACCUAAUUAAAUGUUUUUGGAUGGUUUAGUUAUGGAGCCCUUUGCAUAAAUUAAUUUACAAACAGCUCUGGAAAAAUAAUGCGUCAGUAACUUUAAACUCGGGGGUGGUAUCUGCGAGUUAGUGCUGCUAGCUUAGCUGCUAACACAGCUCAGGCUUUUGCCACUUUUCAUUCAAAUGUGUUCGUAAAUACACAAAACUGAAACUCUUCCUAAUGUAGGGAUAGCGUCUCACUUUGGAAAUAUUCCUGCACUGGUUCUGCAGGUCCAGACAAGAAUUUAAAAGCACUGCAUUAAGGCAUUAUGAGGCUUGCAUUUCAUUAACAGAAGUUUUUCAUGUCUUGGUUGUAAUAUCAUACACUCGGUAAAUAACUAUUCCUCCGGCUUUGCUCGAUGUGGUUGUGAAACAGGUGUUAGAUUUCAUUCUGUAUGGAUUUAAAAGUGUUGGAAUCAACUUUGUGAACUUGCAAAAACCCUGGUAGUGUAGUUAACAAAGGUCUCUGUGAGGAUGAAUGUGGAAGGGUGGGGCCACAGUUGUUCUUCCCUCAGCUGUUAACCAGCAGUGGUUCAUAUAGAGGUUUAUUAAUCACAUCUCUCUGAUGUUUUGCACUGAUAUCCAGAGUUUCUCUUUUUUCACUGAGGAUGUUUCCAUCACUCUCUGUCUACAUCAGUUCAUUUUCUUCCUCCUUGCCUGCAGUGAAUUUUGAGACAUUAAAGCCUUUUCUGUCUCCUUUCCUAGCCCUCUUUAAUUGCCUCUCAUGUCCCAGUUAUUGCAACUUACAUCUGCUCAGGUGACUGUUAAUGAAUCACAGUCAUUUCCUUCCAUUUACAUGCCUCUGUGGCUCAGUGCCUCUCCACUGGCUUCUGUUUUCAUAGUGGAGGCAGCUUUUGAAGAAUGUCUCUACCUCAUUGUGUUUCAGCAGAAAUAAGACAUUCUCCAGAGAGGAAGAGGAGUUGCCCUUCACUUUGACCAGGUUUACUCUUUGCACAAGACCUUAACUGACGUUAACGUCCCCCAAUCCUUAAAAAAGUAGAGACACUUUUCUAGUGGCCCGUUUCCUUCUUUAUCUUGACUCACCUGCACUGAGGCGUAUUGAAGCCAGACAACAGCUCCACUUUGUGACGUUAUGUCUCAGAAGUCGCAGUCAGACGGCAGUCAGAAACACUUCGCUGUGGGUCGUGGGCUGCUGGCCGCUGCAGAGACCUUGAACUUCAGUAUGAACGAACAAAGAUCCAGCCGGCAGAUGGGGGGGAUGGCCUCAGGUGUGGGGGUGGGUGGUAGUGGCGGCGUGGAGGGCCAAGACAACAGUGCUCAGAUGUCCCGGCGUGGCAGUGGCAACAAUCUUGGCAGCACCAUGAAGCUGUUUGCCAGUUUGGGGCUGUCGCCCUCUGACCUGGAUGCUCUGGCUGAAAUCCCAGAGGAGGACAUCAGCGUGGAGACGUUGCCACACAUCCUCAUGCAGCUCAAGAGCCGCAAGGGAGACACAGGAGAGCGGCGGGUGGCGUCCUCCAUGUCCUCUGACACUGCAUAUCGAGGAGGCAGGGACAGCUGGGAUGACGUGCACGUGGGGAGGAUCGGCGGCUCUUCUCUGGGUCAGGGUUCAGCCCGGGCCCAGACCUCUGCAGACUUUGGGUACAGUUCCCUGCAGGAUGUCUCCUCCAGCCGGGGCUACGGAAUGAAUUACAACAGCAGCAGUGGAGGGGGUGGGAGCAGAGACAGGCCAUAUUCUGAGCUUUCCCACCGUGAUUCCUACGGUGGGCUUGGCAUGGGGCCGUCUUCAUCAGACUCUGUCUUUAUGCAGCGGAGGAUGGGCUCCCCAUCAAACGGAAAAGUCCAAGACUUCUUGGGAGUCAUGCCCCCCAUGUUCCCCCAUGUGUGCUCUCUUUGUGACUUUGACGUUCACUCCACCAUGGAGUGGAACCAGCACAUUAAUGGACUCCGACAUGCUGAAAACAGGCGGCUGCUCCUCGACAUGUAUCCAGAGUGGGACCCUAGUAUGGCCUCGGGCAGAGGUGGUGGUGGACUGGACACCCCCAACCUGUCUGCAGGACUGCUGGGACCUGCCCCCAUGUCUUCAGGUCAGACAGCAGGAGGGAUGCAGUCCAGCUGGGGAGGAGGUGGAGGUUCAGGUCUGUCGGGAAAGAACCAGUCGGGACAGAAUAAGCUGAGAAGCCGAGUGGUGGUGGUGAAGUACGACAGGAAGCCUCUCAGCAACAAGACUCUGUUCGCCUUCACCGAGCCGUUCGGCUGCCUGAGGGAGCACCUGGUCCUCAAGAACAAGGCCUUCUUAGAGAUGAACAGUCACGAGGAGGCUCAGGACAUGGUGAACUACUACGAUCAGCAUCCAGCAUCUCUGUACGGCAAACCCAUCACCUUCUACCUGUCCAAGAGGCUGAUGGUCAUCGAGAAGGACGAGCGGUCAUCGGACAGGUCGAUGGACAGACCUGUCAGGGAGGUCAAAGGUCACGGCAGCCAGGUGGUUUUCUUCUCUAACCUCCCCAGAGAGGAAGAGAAGAAGAAGGAACUUCUGACCAUCGCCGGACGCUUCGGCAUUGUGGAGAAACACCUUUUUUUAACUGACCAGGCCUUUGUCCAGCUGGGAACCCCGGAGGAUGCAGAGAUGCUGGUGAAGUAUUACAGCGUGAACCCCCUCACCAUCAAAGGAAGACCCAUACGCCUCAACAUCUGCACCAAGUACAAAACACUCAAUGUGAACCGGAGACAGGGUGGGUCUGCUGGAGACGGUCGAGGCCAGAGGAGCAGCAGCGUGAACGCCUCCUCCUCCAGCUCUGGAAACAGGACCUCCUCCAACUCCAGAACCUCCUCAUCUAAAUCCUCAUCCAGCUCCAGGACCAGAGAGGAGGAGAGAAAGAAGAGAGAGGAGGAGAACAAAGCAAAGGCUGAGGAGAAACCUGCUGCAGAGGAGGAGGAGGAGGAGGUGUCAGGAGUGAUGGAGGGGGAGGACGGAGGGGAGGGGGAGGGGGAGGAGCAGGUUGGCGAUGGAGACGCAGACGCAGAGGAGCCAGAGACAGCAGAGUCUGUGAAGGAGACAGUGGAGGAGUCUUCAGGAGACGUUCAGGAGGAGCAGGUUCCUGAUGGUGAUGAUGUCACCGAUGACACACCUGGACACGUGGGCGGGGCUAACAGUGAGGGACAGACAGAACCAACAGAAACUGAAGCCUUGACCGAAGAACACAAGACCAAACAGGAACUGGCUGCAGAACCAGGAGAGAGUGCAGAGACUGCAGAGGGAGAUGUGCCUGCAGACGUGUUUGAUCAGGACUUCCUGGAGAACAUGGAGGACUUUGUGACGCUGGAUGAAGUGGCAGAGGACGAGGAGGAAGAUCUCGGAGACUCCGACACCAUCGACAACACGAGGAGAGGGGGUAUGAGGGUGGUGAACAUCGUGGGUUUCAGACGAGGUUACAACUUCCUCAACGAGCUGCUGGGACUCGCCAAACCUUUUGGGAAAGUGGUCAAACACCUGGUGCUGGACUUAAGACCUGAGGCGUACCUUCAGUUUGCGACAGAGGACGAGGCUCGGGCGAUGGCCAAGUUUUACAACAGUAACGUCACGGCGUCUGUGUGUGGUCGACCGGUCAGGGUCAGCCAUUCCAUGUCCUACCCCACCAUCCAGUGCGGCUCCAGCAGGGUGGUGUACAUCGGGCAGAUCCCCAGCAGUAAAUACUCAGACGAAGCCGUCCUGAAACUCGCCGAGCCGUACGGGAAAGUCAGGAAGUAUUUCCUCAACAGGAUCAAGAGAGAGUGUUUUAUUGAGAUGGAGAAAGCAGAGGAUGCAGAGAAAAUGGCUGAAGAUUGCAAAGCCAAUCCGCCAAAAUUCAACGGCAAACGUCUGACUGUCUACGUCAGCAGGAAGUACAGACAGCUCAAACACGGACAUCGGUGUCCGAGCGCAGCGAAGAGAGAAAACAGCAGCACGGCAACAAAAUCCUCCAAACACCCCGAAGAACCUCCGGCCAAGAAAGCCAGGGAGGAGAAGCCAGAGGAGAGGGAGGGAGAGGAGGAGAGACUGAAGGAGGAAGAGGUGAAAAAGGAGGAAGAAGAGGAGGAGGAGGAGGAGAGGGAGGAGGUAAAGAAGGAGGAAGAGAUGCAGAGCUCUGAUGUGAGCUGCGGUGACGAGAAGAGAGAAGAAAACUCAGCCGAGAAGAAUCCUGAAGUUUGUGAUCAGAAACUGAAGAGCUGCGAGGACGUGAGUCAGAUUCACUUUUUACAACAGAAUCCGUGAGAAUGUGCAGGUUUUUACUGUUUCACUUCAGUCUCUUCAUUGUUCACAAUAACAAAAAUAAUUUCUGCCAAGAUGCAGCAUUAAAAACAAAACCAGUAAAGUACAGGUUGGUUUUCAAAGAUCCAUAAAAACAGAAGCAGCCUGUGUAACUGGUUUGUUCUCCUCUCAGCUGCGGAGGUGAAGCAGGAGGAGACGCAGGAGGAGCAGGUGGAGGAGAUGGAGCCAUCGACCAACCAGGAAGGACCGACUGAAGCUCCCCCGCCUGCUAACGACAAACCCAGUGUGGCGUCUCUGCCGCUGCCCCCGUACGACCCCAACACCCCCAUCGGUGUUGAACACGUGAAGAUGGGUUACUACUGCCGGGUCUGUUUCCUGUUUUACUCCAACGAAGACACGGCAAAGAAAACCCACUGCAGCAGCCAGACGCACUACGACAAGCUGCAGAAAUAUCUGGAGAAGGAACAGACCAAAGCAGAGAAGAAGAAAGGGAAGAAAACGACGCAGUGAAAACACGAGUUCAUCCAACAACAGCGGAGCAACGAGGGAGGUUUUACUUUGUUUUUCUUUGAGACUUGAAGCCCAGUGUGGUCUGCAAAUACCAAACUGAUGCAGACGAACAGUGAGAGGACAAUUAAAAGGAAUUGUCAACUUUUUUUUUUUUGUCCAUGUACAGAGUUGUUGGUGUGUGAUGGUUCCUCCUAUUCAUAACCAACAUGAAGGUUUGUUUUCUAUGGAAGCCAGAUGGAAAAAAAAAGAAAAACAUGGUCCUGGAAAAAGUUGUCAUUGACCUUUCAGGCAAAGCUUUUGUACAGUGUGGAGUUAAGGAUGAGCACACACACCAACAACUCUUAUAUUAGCCUGGUUAGCUUAGCAUUAAGACUGGAAACAGUUAGCCUGGUUCUGUUCCUCCUGAACUCCCUGUGUUUAGGAGAAAUUAUGUACUGGAACUACUUCUUGAUGAGCAGUGUAUCCUUCCACCUUGCGCUGCUGUUGAGUGACUUUGUGGCGCUUGGUGGAAGGAUACACUGCUCAUCAAGAAGUAGUUCCAGUAUGUAACUUGCUGAACAAAUUGACUUUCUGAGACUCAUGUAAAGUUCACUGAAUUCAUCUCUUUUGUUUCAGGGGGUGUUACCUGCAGCCCUGGGUGCAAGGAUAUACUGCUUGUCAAGAAGUAGUUCCAGUACAUAACAACCUCUUGAUGAACAACAGCAUAUCCUUCCGCCUAGCGCUUCUGUUGAGUGAUUUUUGUGGCAGUGGGCGGAGGGAUACACUGUUAUUUGUCAAGAGGUAGUUACAUACUGAAACUAUUUCUUGACAGUGUAUCCUUCCACAUAGUGCCACAAAGUCACUUCACAGAAGCUGUGGGUGGAAGGAUACGAUGUUGUUUAUCAAGAAAUAGUUCUGGUGUGACUGGAACUAUUUCUUGAUAAACAGCAGUAUCCUUCUGCCAUCCUCCAUGGAAGGAUAUGCUGCUGUUUGUCAAGAAAUAGUUUGAGUAUGUAACUACUUCUUGAUAAACAACAGUGUAUCCCUCCGCCCAGUGCUGCAGGUAACACUCCCUGAAAUAAAGGAGCAGAUGAAUCAGUGAACUCCCAGAGAACAAACUUUGAAUGUGUUAAACUUUGUUGUUUUACGGUUGAAUUUUUAUGUUAUGUUUUAUAAAAUAAACCAGUUUCAAACUGGA